AUGCGAGAUUAGCGAGAUGCGAGAUGCGAGAUGACAACCCGCUUCCAUUGCGGAGCAAUAAAAUGGCUCUAGCAAGUAAAUUUUGUGGACUGUCGAGUCAAUUGUUCAGGAAUAAAGUGUUUUUCUACAGCGCAGCGAGAUGCUAUGCCGACAAACCGAUGCCGUGGUAUACAAUCUGGCAACCGAGGGUAUACUCGGAAAAGGAUCAUGAUAAAAUUGCCGAAAAAUAUAAUCUGCAUCCAAAGGAAUAUAAACCUGCUCCCCAGGAAGAGUGUAUCGGUGAUUAUCCGGACAUGCCAAUGAUAGGACCGGCUGCUAAAGAUCCGUAUUAUCCGUAUGACAUACCAACCUACAGAAAAAAUUAUAGAGAGACGGUACAUCAUCACUUUGAGAUAAUGGGCGAAGAUCGUUUUAGUUAUGGUUACAAAUAUAGAAUCGAUUUAUAUCUAGCAUCAGCUAUAUUUGUCGCAUUCAUGCUUACUCUCUUUGCAAUUGUCUACUUAUUAGAGCCGUAUCCUUCAUUCACGCCAGUGAUGCAAAAGCAAUAUCCUCAAAACAAUAAAGUACAUUAUACGUUUGAACCAGCAAACCCUUAAAUAAUAUGAUUAGCCUCAAAUAAAUAUAAUAAGCUUAUAUGAAAAAUACAGCAGCAUCUGAUGUUAUAUAUAUAUAUUGUAAUAUAUGAAUAGUUUUUAUUACAA